AUGGCUACCCACAUGCGGUCCAUCAGUCUGCCCACGCGGCCCCACGCCCUGGUCCUCAAGGCCGAGCAGGAGCUGCGGCAGCUCCGGGCCCUCGUGUCGCCGCCCUCGCCCUCGCCGCCGGCGCACGCCCUGCGCGCGCUGCUCCAGGACCUCGGCAACCUGCACGAGUACGUCGAGGAGGUCGUCCGCCUGCCCACCAACUGGGACGCGCUCCGCCUGCCCCGGCACAGGCGCCUCGUGGAGGCCGAGCUCGAGGGCUCCGUGGCGCUGCUGGACCUCUGCGGCGCGGCCAGGGACGGCCUCGCCGCCGCCAAGGACCAGCUCCGGGACCUGCGCUCGCUGCCGCCGCGGGCCGCCGUCGGCGGCAGGGUGGAGGCGUACGCUGCGGCGCUGAAGAAGGCGAGCAGGGUGAUCAGGAGGGGGUGCGGCAACGGCAAGCGCGCCGCCGCCGCCGCCGAGACCACCUGGGACGAUUCUUGCGGCGGCGCGCCGAGGCCGGUUGCGAUGCUGGUGGAGGUGAGGGAGCUCACCGUCUCUCUCCUGCAGUCGUCCGUGGAGGCCUUGCUGAGGCAGGCCGAGCGCCGCCGCCAGCAAGUGGUCGCUGGUCUCGAGAGCCCUGAUGCACAGCAGGAGCACGGCCUCGUCCGGGGUGGAUCAGCAGGAGGGCGCCCGUGCUGA